CACCGACAAUGCUUGCUUUGCGCCGUCUGCCUCGCUUUGCUCCUAGACUCGCAAGCGUACGCGGAAACGCGACCCUUGAGGCCGCCGCUCACUCGCAGGCCGACGCCGCGUCGCCGCCUCCCUCAUCGGUGACAGCGAAGUCCAGCGGGGCCACCGGCAACGGCGCUGGAAGCCUUGCGGAACAGCAGCAGGGUGUCAAGGGCCGGAAGAAGGCUGCACAAGCUCAGGUCCCGCGCGAAUGGUGUCGCCCAAUCGCGAAGGGCGUCGAGCCCGCGUACGACUACGCGCUACGCUACAUCGUCAAGGACGCGACGUUCAUGCGGAAGGAGCUGGAAGAGCUCCGUGCGGCGGCGGAGGCUGAGGCGAAGAAGCCAGAGGGAGAGCGGGACGAGGCGGCGUUGCAGGGGAUGCGUGAACAGAUUCGCAUCCUGGAGAUCCAGAGCGAGGCGAACCUACCGGACGUGCGGUGGAAGGCGAGGAAUGGCUUGGCGGAUAUGAGCACGCCGAUUCAUAGGCAUUUGGUUGAGCAGCAGUGGAGAGAAGAGGGUGACCUGGACUUGUUGAUGGAACGUAUCUAUCAAAUGAACGUUGUCCCGGACAUGCUACCCGAGCUCAAGCCUACCUUCGACCUGCGCAUCAAGUAUGCUGAGGCACCUCCCAAAGACAACUACCUCCGCACGCGUGUUAAGCGCAAGCUGAAGCAGGUCGAGCCUGGUAUCUUCCUGGUCGCCGAACAGACUCGGAGACCGCCCCAGUUAUCCAUGACUCUCUUCCACACAGACACGCGUCUGUACACGUUGCUGAUGGUGGACCUGGACGUUCCUAACCCGGAGGACCAGUCGUUCACAUCGUACCUGCACUGGUUACAACCUAAUGUCCCUCUAUCUGCGUUCACUACUACGCCGACUGUUCCGCUCGAUACACACACGCCUUAUGUCCCUCCCCACCCGCAGCGCGGCACGCCCUACCACCGCUACGUUCUGCUCAUGCUCCCCCAAUCGUCUCCCACCGAGCCGAUCGACAUUCCGGUGUUCCAGGAGUCCGAACGGCUCGGGUUUAACUUCCGAGCCUUUGCGGAGCAGUACGGGUUUGACGGUGCACGGGGCGGCGGAGCGCACAUGUGGCGUGAGGAGUGGGACGAGACGGUCUCCCACAUCUACCAGCAUACACUCAAGAAGGAGGAGCCGCGGUUUGGCAAGAUGCCCAGGGCCGACCCGUACGCGGAGCUCAAGCGGACGAAAAAGUACCUCUAGACGUGUCGAGUACAAUGCCAGUCUUUUUAUACGUAGUCAACCUCAUAAUACGAUGU